AUGGCGGACAACAACGCUAACGUUGCUAUCAAUGCUACUAGUAGAAAUCGUUGGGCCGAACAGGAGGAAACUGUUAUAGCCAACGAAAUAAUUAAGAACUAUGAUGUCCUGUUCGGCCCAAUGACCGGUUGUGGCUCACUUAAAAUUGGAGAGGUUCGAAGGAGAGGCUGGGAAGCCGUGGCAAAUGUUCUAAACUGCCAAUUUUCCACCUAUAACCGCUCAGGUUCAGAGGUGAAGAAAAAAUAUUAUAACAUGAAAUACAAAACAAAGACAAAAAAUGAUGAGAUGAGGAGGCCAGGCACUGGAGGAGGGCCCCGGGUGAAACAGUUCACCAUUCCGGAGGGGAUUCUCCUUCAGCAUUUUGGGGAUUCCGCCUCUGUGGCAGGGGUCCCCAAUGCAAUUGGCACUGAUGCUCCAGAGGGUGCUUCAAUCAACAUCAUUGAACUGGGCAAGAUGCCAAUAGAUGGUAGCACUUGCAUGACGUUCAAGAUAGAUGAAAGAGGACUAGGAGCUCAGAAGACGUCAAGUGUAAUCCAACGUGCACUGGAAGAUGAAGCUACAACAUGUAUAUCAGGGACCAAGACCAAUACCAAAUCAAUGAAAAUGGCCAACAAAAACCAUAGUAAAAGAGCUAGGGCAAGUUUCAACAAAUUGGCUGAGGACAACCUAAUAGCAGAAAAGAAGAACAUCCAUCUGCAGAAAGUAAAUCUAAGAUUAAAGAAUCAAUUGAUACUGGCACAACUGAAAGUUGCUAGAUUAAAGGCCCAAAAAAUUGAAGAAGAAAUUAAAAUGUUAAAAGCUUCAAGCAAUGAAUGUUAA